UAAGGUUCCGCCUAACGAGAAGAGACAGAGGUACAGGCGGUGAGCAGGGUCUCAGCCAUCAUCUCCUUCAGGUCCCCAUCCGCCGCUCCCCACCCAGUUGCCAAAGCGAAUCCCGAGUAAUUGUUUUCCAAGGAGGUGCUGGGCACGCUCGGUGGCGCCGCCUCGGUCUGGGUUCCCCGAGGACAAAAACCCACCCACGAGGGCUCGGCGGCUUUUCGACUCGUCCGGGAUGAACUGUGGCAACUUCAGCAGCUCCCACGGCCACGCCAAGGCAGAGGCGGCGACAGUGGCGAGGGUAGAUCGGAGGGAGUGGAGCGCGUGAAGCCUUGCGCCUCCAGCUCCUCCCUUACGGCCGCGGGUCCCGGGACUCUCCCGAUCCGGUGCUUUGGGUGGUAGCUGCAGCCGCGCCUGCUUCCCGGAUCUUCGCUUCUCCGUAGGCGAAGGAAGAGAACUGGAUCAGCCCCGCUUCGAGGGCAACCUGCCGGAGUGGCUAAGCCCUGCGCUCCCGCUCCAGCUCCUAAGGCGAGCGCAGCCGCAGCGGGGGCCGGGGCCCGAGCCCCGCGCCACCACCGCCCACGGUGGGGGAGCCGACUGGGGGCGGGGCGGCCGGGACUGCCAUCCCGGGCGCGAUCCCCUAGCGCAGCACCCGGCGCUGCCGAGCUACCUCCCCUGCCGCCCGCUAGCAAGUUUGGCGGCUCCGAGCCCGGCGCGUCUCGGGAUCUCUAGGCGCAUUUGUUUCUUCCUGGCUUCGGUGCGCCCUGCUUAGCGGGGACCCUCGCGAGCAAUGCCGAUGGAUGUGAUUUUAGUUUUAUGGUUCUGUGUGUGCACUGCCAGGACAGUGGUGGGCUUUGGUAUGGACCCUGACCUUCAGAUGGAUUUUAUCACCGAACUUGAUCUUGUGAAUACCACCUUUGGAGUCACGCAGGUGUCUGGACUGCACAAUGCUAGCAAAGCAUUUUUAUUUCAAGAUACAGAGAGAGAGAUCCAUGCAGCCCCUCAUGUGAGUGAGAAAUUAAUUCAGUUGUUCCGGAAUAAGAGUGAAUUUACCUUUUUGGCCACCGUACAGCAGAAGCCGUCAACUUCAGGAGUGAUACUGUCCAUUCGAGAACUGGAACACAGCUAUUUUGAACUGGAGAGCAGUGGCCUGAGGGAUGAGAUUCGAUAUCACUACAUACAUAAGGGGAAGCCCAGGACAGAGGCACUUCCAUACCGAAUGGCGGACGGGCAGUGGCACAAGGUCGCACUGUCAGUGAGUGCCUCUCACCUCCUGCUCCACGUGGACUGCAAUAGGAUUUAUGAACGUGUGAUAGACACUCCAGAGACCAACCUUCCCCCAGGAAGCAAUUUAUGGCUUGGUCAGCGAAACCAAAAGCAUGGCUUAUUCAAAGGGAUCAUCCAAGAUGGAAAAAUCAUCUUUAUGCCAAAUGGAUACAUAACACAGUGUCCAAACCUCAAUCGCACUUGCCCAACCUGCAGUGAUUUCUUAAGCCUGGUGCAAGGAAUAAUGGAUUUACAGGAGCUUUUGGCCAAGAUGACUGCAAAACUAAAUUAUGCAGAGACAAGACUUAGUCAAUUGGAAAACUGUCACUGUGAGAAGACUUGUCAAGUGAGCGGACUGCUCUAUCGAGACCAAGACUCUUGGGUUGACGGUGACCACUGCAGGAACUGCACAUGCAAAAGUGGCGCUGUGGAAUGCCGAAGGAUGUCCUGUCCCCCUCUCAAUUGCUCUUCUGAAUCCCUCCCGGUGCACAUCGCUGGCCAGUGUUGUAAGGUCUGCAGACCAAAAUGUAUCUAUGGAGGAAGAGUUCUUGCAGAAGGCCAGCGGAUUUUAACCAAGAGCUGCAGGGAAUGCCGAGGUGGAGUUUUAGUAAAAAUUACAGAAAUGUGCCCUCCUUUGAACUGUUCAGAAAAGGAUCACAUUCUUCCAGAGAAUCAGUGCUGCAGUGUCUGCAGAGGUCAUAACUUUUGUGCUGAAGCACCUAAAUGUGGUGAAAACUCAGAGUGUAAAAACUGGAAUACAAAAGCUACUUGUGAGUGCAAGAAUGGUUACAUUUCUAUCCAGGGAGACUCUGCCUACUGUGAAGAUAUUGAUGAAUGUGCAGCUAAGAUGCAUUAUUGUCAUGCCAAUACUGUGUGUGUCAACCUGCCGGGGUUGUAUCGCUGUGACUGUGUCCCAGGAUACAUUCGUGUGGAUGACUUUUCUUGUACAGAGCACGAUGAAUGUGGAAGCGGACAGCACAACUGUGACGAGAAUGCCAUCUGCACCAACACGGUCCAGGGACACAGCUGUACCUGCAAACCAGGCUACGUGGGCAACGGGACCAUCUGCAAAGCAUUCUGCGAGGAGGGCUGCAGGUAUGGUGGAACAUGUGUGGCUCCUAACAAAUGUGUCUGUCCACCUGGAUUCACAGGAAGCCACUGCGAGAAAGAUAUUGAUGAAUGUACAGAGGGGAUCAUUGAGUGCCACAACCAUUCCCGCUGCGUUAACCUGCCAGGGUGGUACCACUGUGAGUGCAGAAGCGGUUUUCAUGACGAUGGGACCUAUUCACUGUCCGGGGAGUCCUGUAUUGACAUUGAUGAAUGUGCCUUAAGAACUCACACCUGUUGGAAUGAUUCUGCCUGCAUUAACUUGGCGGGGGGCUUUGACUGCCUCUGUCCCUCUGGACCCUCCUGCUCUGGUGACUGCCCCCAUGAGGGAGGGCUGAAGCACAAUGGACAGGUGUGGACCCUGAAAGAAGACAGGUGUUCUGUCUGUUCCUGCAAGGACGGGAAGAUAUUCUGCCGACGGACAGCUUGUGAUUGCCAGAAUCCAAGCGUUGACCUUUUCUGUUGCCCAGAGUGCGACACCAGAGUCACAAGUCAAUGUUUAGAUCAAAAUGGACAUAAGCUGUAUCGAAGUGGAGACAAUUGGACCCACAGCUGUCAGCAGUGUCGGUGUCUGGAAGGAGAGGUAGAUUGCUGGCCACUCGCUUGCCCCAAUUUGAGCUGUGAAUACACAGCCAUGGUGGAAGGGGAGUGCUGUCCCCGCUGUGUCAGUGACCCCUGCCUGGCUGAUCACAUUGCCUAUGAUAUCAGGAAAACUUGCCUGGACAGCUACGGUGUUUCUAGACUCAGCGGUGCAGUAUGGACCAUGGCCGGAUCUCCCUGCACAACCUGUAAAUGCAAGAAUGGGAGAGUCUGCUGUUCUGUGGAUUUGGAGUGUCUUCAAAAUAACUGAAGUAUUUAAAAUGGACUCAUCAGAGGAGAAAAAAUGGACAAAAUGAUCAUCCAACAUGAUGAAGAAUAAGAGUUGAUUUUUUUAACCACAAUUACCAAAGUCUCCACUGGAGGAAGUUUGUUUGGGGGUCGCCUUGUAGACCUGCCACUUUGCUCAUUCUUGCUAACCUAGUCUAGGUGACCUACAGUGCAGUGCAUUUAAGUCUAUGGUUGUUAAGAAAAGUCCUCGGUGUUGUAAAUCACAUUUCCCUUAUCAGAUCAUUUGCAAACACAUUUAAAUGAUCUCAUGGUAAAUGUUGAUGUAUUUUUUGAUUUAUUUUGUGUACUAACAUAAUAGAGACUCAGCACCAUUUAUUUAUUUAUUUUUCUUGAUUUUUGGAUCAAAUUCUAAAAAAAAAAAAAAUAAAGUUGCCUGUUGUGAUAUUGUCCCAUCCACUGUAUACUGUGAAAUGUAUUGAAAAAAAUAUCUAUGUGGAGUCCAAUUGCAUCAUACUUAUAUUUCAAACUGUUGAACAGAAUUAGAGACCCACUCAUCCAGCUUAAACAUGCCCAAGGCAAUUAUUAUACCUUAAAGUGGGGAAGGACUCCAAACACAAUUCAAUAAUUAUUUAGAAAAGGACUCUAUCCUCCCUUCUGCAAAUAAAAAAGAAAAAGAAAAAGAAAAAAUAAAUACAAAAUGUUAACUUGCAAUUUAGAAGCAGCAAUGCUUAAAACAUUUUUUAGCAGUGAAAGCAAAAAUAUCUUUGCAUUGGUUUUAUGUAUAAUUUCAUAACUAAUAAACAACUUUAAUAGUUAUUGAUGUAAGUUAUCAUCAUAGUACAGAUGAAUGGGAUUAUCCCUCUAUUAUAUACACAUGCACUUGAGAGUCUGAUCAACCAGCUUUUUCAGUGUUAGUUGAUUUACAGCAUGUAAAUGGUUACCGUGGUUUGGUAACCAAGCCCCUCAAUUCUUUUCCAGUACUGUUUUAUAGUAAAACACAUUGCCUUUCAUAUGGAGAAAGAGGACACUUGAAAAAAGUCUAUUCGUGUGCUCUGUUACUUUAGAACAAUGAAUACUUCCACAUAAGCCAGUACAAUAGUUUUAAAACUUGAAGCUAUUAAGUUAUAUAAAAUUAACAAAAUAUGUAAUGACAUUUUAACUGAGCUGAGAAUUCAAACCUUGGUUUUACUUUCAGAUAAAUCACAUCUUCUUCUGGAUUAAGUUAGUUCAAGAGUUUUCUGCUCAUUCUUCCAACAUCAAACAUCUUACCUUGUUAUGUCAGUCAUGCUAAAAAUAUUUAAAUCCUAAAAUAAUUAUUAGCUUAAAAUUAUGAUCUUCAAUCAAUAUUAUUAUUGGUUUUUGUCCAAUAGAUAAUAUUUUUGUGAAAAUGAAGUUCACUAAUGAAAUCAAGUUUAUGUUAUAUAUGAGAAAAGCAGUUGAAAUUCUACAUCUGUCAAAGACUGAUAUAAUGUGAUAAAUUAGAGAACAUUUCUAUUUUAAUUUAAUUCCUUAAAUGAAAGCUUGGAGUGAAGAAUUUGAAGAUUACUCUUUUGAAAAUAUUAAUAACUAUCCAAUUAAAAGAACUUCCAAUAUUGGUGGUAAAAUGAGGACAUUUAAAAUAAUUGUUUGUGAUUUUAUAUAUCUGGAAUUGUAUAUAGUGGAACUAUGGACCCAUGUGUCAAAACCAACCCUUUUCCUAUUUGGAACACAGAUAGGUCUGUCCAUUAAUAGGUUUUCUACAGUUGUAGAGAUAGAAAGGCAGAGUUGGGUGGUUCCCAUAAAUACCUUGUUGUUCACAAAGCCAAAACUGUUAUUAUGUUUUCCUGUGCAGGAAACCUUUAUGUAUCUCUGAUAUAGAUGAUGACUGCAUACUGUUGUGUAUUUGAGAAGUGUUUCCACUUUUUUUUUCCCAAGACAUUCUCAAAGCUCAACAGGUUUUUUUUAAUUUGAAUAUGUUCUUACUUUAUUGCAGUUCCAUUAGGAUUGGUGGCAACAUCCUAAAAUACUCUGAUUUUACAAAUACAAUCAUAAGACUCAA